UUAAAAUACCCAAAUUAAUCAAAACUAUUAAAACGACCAUACAAUUACCACCCAAAAUAAUCUCUCUCCCCGAUCCUCUCGUCUCUUCCAACACCUCUGACCUCUCUGUGGUCCGAUCGAUCGAACAUGGGUCCGAUCGUGUUGACUCAGCUGGCGACGGGUCUGAGCGUGCUGGCCGGGGCGGUCCUCGUCAAGUCCGUCAUGGACCAGAAGCCCAUGGCCGGGCCGUUCCCGAGGUGCCCCAGUUGCAACGGGACGGGACGGGUCACUUGCCUCUGCUCCCGCUGGUCCGACGGCGAUGUCGGGUGCCGGGCAUGCGCCGGGUCGGGUCGCAUGGGGUGUAGAAGCUGUGGGGGAACCGGUACCGGCCGGCCCUUACCAGCCCAACUCAUCGUACGGCCUCCGAACCGUCCUUCUUAAUUAGCCCGGUUUGUGCUCAGAUUUGAUUUCGUCUCGGGUAAUAUAUGUUAACUAGUAUAUUUGUAUAUUUUAAUUUUCCUUCUUUUUUUUUUUUUCUCAAAUUAAGUCAUGUAAUAUAAUUGCCCAUGAAUCCAUCAUACUUUGAGAAAGAAAGAGAGACAUGGGAGGAUUAUGAGGUUGUAACAGUAGUGACAUUACUGUAUUCAAAUUCUUAUAAAGUUGGAUAAGCUUAUAGUUUA